UGGUGCCAUCCCUUUAAAUUACAGUUUAGAUUACACCAGGAAUCCUUUGCUAAUAUAAGUCUGUCUACAGCUUUUCAAAAGCUGUAUUCCUGAUGGGGAGUGCUAACCAAGAGAAGGAGGGUGGCAGUCAUACAGGUUGAAGUUGAACAACGCAAGUGGAAAGAAUGUAAACCUCGUGCUUAGAAUUUGUUUUAGCAUGGUUUCGUCCGAGUUUGGUUGGUGUCACUACCUCAGCAGAAAUUUACUGUUGUGCAAAAUACAGUUCCUCUUGCAAAUCUUCUGUUGCAAAUGAAAAAUUUGUACUUGGAGGCAUAGAGUGGAAAAUAUUCUUGAGGGCAGGGUUCUGGUAGCACAUUAUUUUAAGCUUCUUAUUUAUUAUUUAGUACUGCACAAGACCAUAAAUCAAAGCUGCACUUUAUGAGUUUGAAGCACCUCUCAACUUCUGAAAGAUCUAAAACAGGCUAGAAAACCAGACAAAUGCUGGAGAUGAGACCAUAAAAUGAAUCAGGGAAGGUGGACCUCUUCAGUCCUCAGAAGUCUUGAUCCAGGUCCUGAGGAAACUGACUCCAUUUCUGUCCAACAUGGAUGUAGUUCAAUCAGCCUCGACAGAAAUCAUGAUUGCUGAAAAAUCCUUCAAGAAAAUACCCAGUGUCCUUCUGGACAGCCUAGUGGAGGAACCUAAAAAAAGACAUGCUGUUCCCCAUCACCUUCUGGAAACAAGAAUUUAUUCGGAACAUCACGGGAGCAAAGUUGUACAGGCUGAGCCUGCUGUGUUACACUAUGGAGGGUAUGAAGUUGGAAAACAUCACCAACAGACACUUAAGCUAAUAAAUACUUCUGUUGAUGUAAUAAACCUUCACAUAAUACCACCGCAGACAAAGUAUUUUCAGAUCAAAUACAACAAAACAUACCGGCUUGUCCCUGGCUUGUCGUAUGUGGUUACUAUCGAUUUUUGUCCUGAUGAGUGGCGGUACUACUACGACUGCAUCAGAAUUCACUGUCAGGGAGAUGAUACAUUAGUUGUUCCUGUGCAUGCUUACCCUGCUGUGAAUGUUGUAGAAUUUCCAUCAUUUAUAAAUCUGUCUGAUGUGCCAAUUGGUCAAAGUAAAGAGUGUGUUAUCCCAUUGCAGUGCAGCUGUCCAAUAGAUUUUGAAUUCCACAUUGAUUUAAUUCAGCCUCACAGAGCCUUCACUGUCCAGCCGACAUAUGGAAUCAUUCCAGGCAAUGGGAAAGUGGAAUUAACUGUGAAAUAUUCCCCAGUUGGGUAUGGAACAGCACAAAUGACAAUGCAGUUACGGAUUUCACAGUUUAAGUCAAAACCCUAUGUAUGUGUAUUCACAGGAACAUCAACACCACAUCUGGGUCUAACAAAAGAACAUUUUGACAAACUACAAAGUCAUCCAGAGAAAAAAGCUGCAUCUGCAGGAAAAUUUGUGGUGUGGAGAAGAAACCAAUUCAGUCGACCACGAGCAAGGCCUAUUCAAAAAGUAAAGGAAAUUGAAUACCAGAACCUCAGAUUCCCCACAGACUUGUCAAAUCCAUAUGCUGUAGCUACUGUUUUGAAUCAGGAACCAGGCAAAUUGAGGAUUAAAGACUUGAAAGAAGUCCUUUCUCAAGGCUGUGAAGGCAUAAAAACAAGACAGAUGAAGGAAACUCUAUUUCAACUAAAAGUUAAACAAAAUAUUCAGGAAGAGGAAGCAAGUCAUCUGAAAUGGCAAGUUCGUAAAGGCCAAGAUCCAAUCUCUGUGGAACUGAAAAAACAGAUUAUUGAAAACCGACAGAGGGAAGAACAACAAUACAAGAUCCAGAGAGGAGAUCCUAUCAUAGAACAGGAAUUACAAAGGAAUGAAGUAGAAGUUUCUUUCAGGCGUGUUAUCCGGCCUGUUGACCAGUAUCCAAGUGUCCAUCCUACAUUUGACCUGCUCCAUAAUGACCCUUGGGAGAACAGAAACAGGAUGUUCAGGAAAUUCCAACAAGCAGCAUACAGGAUUGUUGUGCAGAAUCGGCUAAAUCGCUUACUGCUUCUGUUCCGUGGGCUAAGCAGAGAAGCCAGAGACUUGGAGGAAGGCUCUAUGUAUGAAAGCAGGAGUUUCAGCAAACCAGAGAGGAGUGAAGAAUGUAAGGGCUUUUCUUCCAGCAUAACUGAAGAUCGUAUAUUGCCUUUUGAAUUCCCUUUUUACAGUUCCUAUGAGUUGCAGCAAGAUUUGGCACCUGAUGCUCUUGGCCUAGUUCCUAUUGAAUCUGUAGAUGUGAAAGUGAGACAUGUUCUUCCUUUUUACGACUUGAAGGUUCCUCAGCAUUUCAGCAUUAUGAAGUAUCAGCCAUUCUGUACACACUAUGCAGCCACAAGCUACAAACCUCAAAAACUUUCCCGACCACUGAGGCAGGGAGCCCAGGAUGAGUUGAUUCAAGUAAUUGGUUCUCCUGAGGGGCACCUUCACCUGGUCUCCCAGAAGGCAGAUUUUCACAAACCAUCCCCAGAAGUGGCAGAAAGGGAUAUCAGCCUCUUAAAGCUGGUUCCUCCCCAAGCUUUAGUCUACCCUACAGAGAGCAUCCCACUUCGUAUUUUUAAUCCUACUCCAGGAUUAGUUCCAAUUUUACUUCCUUUGGCCUAUUCUGAAACAAAUAUUGAAUAUCAUCUUUGUCCUCAUCCAAAAUACACCUUUACCAAGGAAUGUCCCAAAGGAUCCAGUAUUCCAGUCACACAAAAGAAAUUUUUACAUCACAAGGAUGUGAUUUCUGGAGUAAUGGAAUGGAAAAGAUUCUUACCAGUGGUGUAUUCUACUUUUUCUAACACUCCUACAUGGAUAAGUACAACACCUAGGGAUCCUUACAGUUCAGAUAUGCUUCCAAGAGAUGUACCACCAAUGUUGUGUGACUUACCAGAGAGAGACAAGGAGAACAUAAUCGACCAAGAGACAGAUGAAACUGAGUUCAAAAUGACUCUUACUCCAGAGAUGGUAAAAGCUGAAUUUCCACAAAUUGGGCAGACACUCUCAGAAGAAAGCAAACAGAAAUCGGCAAAAGAAGAAAGAGACCUGCACAAGCAUCCAGACGGACAUUUUCUACUCCAAAACAAUGAGCUCAGAGAGAAGGUUCAAAAACACGUGGAGGAAAUGAAGCUGAAAGCACUUAAUAAAACCCUUAUUCUGGAAUAAGAAUAAUUUUACAAAGCCCAUGGCUUGGCACUGCUUAUCCUGUUAAUGUGUGAGGCUGCCUAUGUCCCUGCUACAUGUACUUACGUUCAGUGAGGUCAGCAACUUCUCAUGCAGAAAGAAGAGAGCCACCAGUAAUGCCACCUCUGUCAAGGACUUUUCACUGUGACCAUUACCCCCAGCACACAGUAAUUGCUCCAGCGAGAGUCCUCAGCCAUGUGCCUGCUCAUUUUGUCCUGGUACAGAGGACCAGAAAACUGCAGUGCUACCAUAUAGUUUGGUAAUUAAUGUAAAGCCCAAUAUUUACAAAUAAAAAGUGAAAAGUC